AUGAAAAUGAGUGAUUACCCUAAAGAUUCCUCUGCUGCAUCUGAGAAACGACGAUCAUGGAGCUGGCGGAGACGAGAAGGGCUGGUAUGACGCGAAUAUAUUUAUUAGCGACUUCAUUGUGAUAUAUAACUAAUUAUAAAUAUUUGUGUUCUUGAAUCAAAGUUAUACAGACUUUGUCCAGCGUUCGUUCGUUCUUCGAAAAGUUUAAAAUUCAGUUAGCUAGAAUUUAAAAACCAGAUAAAUGUCUAAAAAGAACUUUUGUACGAUGUAUCCCAAUCGAAUUCUCCUUUGAUUUGCUUAUCGUGGCCAUCUUUGCUUCCAACUUCCAUGGAAAAGAGAAAGUGCUGUUUGCAUUAAAGAUCGGAACUUAUGACAACCUUUUACUCCUCCUUAUAAAACUGCCCUCACGGAAUUCAAGAUAGUAGUUAAACGAAUGCAUCGAGUUGUCCUAUCAUCUGUAUCCAAUCAGUUGUAUCCUAUCAGCUUUCAGCUGUAUCCUAUCAGCCAUCAGCUGUAUCGAAAAUGUCAGAAUUUCCAAAUUGCUUAUUUAUUAAAAGCAAUAAACUGAAUACAAAUUAAUCAAUUUUGAUUUAAUAUGAACACUUGGUAUCAAUUUUCUUUGAUCAAUGGGAUUGAUGGAUAUUAUUAAUUGUUAUUAAUUUUUCUCAGUAAUUAUUGCAACAUGUGUCAAUAACUAUUUGCUAUUAAUACAUUGCAAAGUCGUAUAAUGAUCAUAUCCUAAUAGAUAUCCCAUUGUUAACUAAAUAUGCAAAAUUUCUCUUCCGCAUUGUUUUUAUCAGUGAUUGCGAUAUAUCAUUAAGUCUCAUAUUUCACAUUGACCAAUCUCUUAAAUACAUCAAUAUUUGGGAUGACAUUUCAUUUCUGGCUGGUCCAAAUUUGCCAUUUUGAAAUAAUUAAUGUGUAAUUUUUUCAUUAAAUCACCCACUUUGUCCAAUUUACCUUUAGUUUUAAAACAUCAAAGUUGAUUUUAUAAAAAAGGUUGUGGUUAUUCAUAGUGCUGAAUAACAAUAAAAAGCUAAGUUUUUCUUUUGUCUCCUGAUAUAGUCACAUGUGAUGUAGAUCGUGAUGUUUCGACUGUAUACUGCUCACCUGAAGAAGACCAGCAGUAUGCAGUCAAAACGUCACAAUCUACAUCACAUGCGACUACAUUGUGAGACAAACAAAAAACUUAGCUUUUUAUCAAAGUUGAUAUCUAACACAAAUUACGUAAUUUAUGAUUCUUUAAUUUCUCAGGGAGAGAGUGAAGGUGAAAUUGACCUGGAUACCUUGGAGAUUCUUUGUGAAGUACAAGAAGUAAGUCAUGGUGUUGGACAGCCAUCUAACAAUUUAGUGAAGAGAUAUCAAAAUGAAUUGUGCCUACCGUAAUUUGGUAUCAUAUUGUUGCUUAUACAUUCUUUCAAGUUUUAGCAGAGAAUGUAGGCUUUCAUUAGUAUAUGCACAGAAACAAACAGAAUUUCCAAUAAUCAUAGCAUGAUUAAGCUUGAGAGAGCAGAAAAGAUAUUGGAAGGGCUAAUAAAGUGAAAUGAGGAAAAACUUGGAACAGUGCUAAGGAAAGAGUAUGUUAGUGCAUGACUAUACAAAAAUGGUUCUUGGUAGCUCAUAGUGGUAAACCUUUUGAUGCUAUUGGGUGGAAGACAAAAUUUGAAAGUUUUUAUAUUUUCUAGAAAAUUAAUUUUGUAGGAGAAAGAAUGGUUUAAAGCAGCAAGGGAAUAUUGUCAGUGUGGGGAUGAGGACAAAACACUUAGGCUUUUAAACUUAAGCGUGAACAUUUUGCUUGGUAGGCAAGGAAUUAUCUGAUCUCUGUUGCCCUAUAGACAUCUUAAGAAUGUUUCUCCUAGUGGUUCUUAGGGAAGUUGUUACAGGCUUUAACCAUUUCACUCCCAAUUUCUCAGUGGUAAUUCUCUUUACUGUCUGCCAUACAAUUCUUAUGAUGUUAGUUGAGAGACUUUGGUAUUGGAUCAACUAAUAAUCCCCUUAUAUAAAUAAAUUUUUCUUCAUCCUUGUCACUUGUUUGCUUGAUAUUGUAUUGAUAUUGUGAGGAGAAAUUCUGCCUUGGUCUCUGAUGGGAAUUAAAAUGUUAGGGCAGGUUUCCUUUUGGGGUUAUUAGUUGUAUAGACAGUACUUUUCAUUGCGUUGUUAUGUUAUAGAAAACAGAAGAAGGAUCACUUGGACUCAGCUCUCAAGAGGCACUGAAAAGACUUUUUGAUGCCAUCCAUGAUGAGUUAGCAACUUUUAGAGCAGUGAACCAGUGUACAUGGAGAAGUGAUCUUUGGAGUACACUGAGCGACAAUCAUCACUUGCCUAUAAGCUUUAUCAGUCUUGCAUUUUUAGUGUUUGAGUUUCUGGUAAUGGUGAUGUCAUAUGCCAUCAGUGAUAAAACAAGGAGGUGAGUUUCUAAUCUUAACCUCUUGUGAUAAAGAAUGAUUGAUAAAAAAUUUCUCUUAACAUUGAUAUGAAAAAAAGAUGUUUUCUGUCUUGUCACGAGCAUGGGACAAAGAAAAAAUUAUCAGUCCCCAUGAGGAAUCAAACCUCAGACCUUCUGAUUCUGUGCUUUAAUGCUCUACCACUGAGCCACAGAGACUCCACAGUGAGCGAGGUCUAUUACAGAGUUCAUAUUAUCAAUAUGUUGGCAAGCAGACAGGGAAUGAUGAUACAGAAAAAUCACAUCAAUGGGAUUAACCUUCUCUCACUUAAAUGGGUGGAUGUCUGGAGUCUCCAGGAGCCUCUUUUGUCUAGCCAGCCACUAUUUAAAAUGUUAUUUCCCUGGCUGGUGGAUCUCCUCAACUUAGCCAUGAGCCCCUAUUUCAGACUCUAAGGAAAAAACAAAGGUGUAGUAGAUUGGUGUGGGCUAAGAAUCAUAUGCCACAAAACCCCUGGCCCCAGACAAUGCUAUCCAACAGAUAAAUUGCUAUCCAGUGGAUUAAUGCUAACAAAACAUACUGUACUUACUAUACACUGGAUAGAGAUUUAUCCACCUGAACCCCCAACAACCCCCACCUGACUUCGCAAGAACUCAAAGUUCCAGUGGUACCUGUAAUGAAGAUAAACCAUUCUUGUGGGCUUGCACUCAGGAGAUUGCGAUUGAAUGAGAAAUCCUAGUAAAUCUGAGGUGUUUAAUUAGGUCAAAUUGCAUGCAGCUGAAUAAGAAUGUAUUAAUAGCAUUAGACAGUCAGAAGAAGCAAUAAGUGUUUUUAGUAUACUGAGAGGUGUGUGAAAAUCCUAAUUGUCUGUUGGAUUUAGCAGUUUUUUUCUUGUACUAAGACAGAACACUGAUAGUGCUUUCUCUUUUUUCUUUGCUGUAGCCUUCCACUGAUAGAAGGAAUCAUUGUUCUGUUACUGACAGCUGUUAAUUUGAUAUUGUGUGUACGAGAGGAAAGACUAAGAAGAACAGAGAUGAUCAGAAGUACUCAGGAGUUGCUUAACAGCUGCAAUGGUGAGAAACACUCAAAUCAAAAGUGGCCAAAAAAACCCUAAUUUUUAGUGACCUUUAACCUGAUUAGCUUGCUAUUGUGGACAGUGUUACACUGUACAGAACCCUCUUAACAGACAAUAGAAGUUCUGAGCAAAGUCUAAUGAGGAAAGGAUGGUCAUUGCAUGAAAGCAAAAAGCAAUACAUGUUUCUUGUGCAUGACAAAGGAGCAUAGUCAUGACAGCUAAAUUUGACAUUAAUCUCAAGUCUUUUUGACCCAUCUUUGUCGUUUUUAAUAAAGUAACAUCCAUCUCCACAGCUUGCUGCAGCUGGAUGCCAUCUGAUUAUGUUGAUCCCUGCACCCCUCCCUCUCUUUCAAUCUCACUGGCACAUGCCUACAGAGACAAUGAACUGGUCAGUGUCCCCGUUAACCUCCUUGUUCAGGGUGAUGUGGUGGUGUUAGGACCAGGUCACACUGCUCCUGCACAAGUGCAGCAGGUAGGGUUGUCUAGAUCAAGACAUUGAUCAAUAGGGUUCUGUGUUUUUUUUCCUUCUAGUGAUGCACAACUAGGUUGUUUUGUGUGGCAAAAUAUAGGAAUGUAUGCAAACUUCUAGAGAGGAAAGCUGGGUUAGGGUCGUGGAUGCUUAUCUUGAUUUUGUUAGCAUGAAGCAAUCAGGAUUAUUGCUUAAUAUUGUGUAAAGGCAUGCUAGUCCAUCACAAAAAGGGUGAAACUUUCCUUCUUUAUUACCAACUGAAUUUGGACAAGACCUAGUAAUGUUUUGGCUUCUUUUGUGACAGCUCCCCUCAGAAUUUACCAACAGAGGGCCAUUAUUUGUUCUUGAAGAAGGUCAGGUGUACCAUCCUGUUACACAGAGUGGCUCCAGUAAGUCAAAACUUAUAACUUCUAUACAUUACAGCCUGGUGUAUUGAACAAGGAAAAAUGCUAUAGUCAGAGUAGAUUUACACUCAAAUUUUCCUUGGCAAGUGCCCUUGCAUUAAAAAAAAAAAUUACGCAGUAAAUGUAACUUUCUGAGGGAACACUUACCAGAGUAGAGUUCCUCUUUGCCUUUACACCCUAACAUCAGUAUGCAUAUUCUCCAUACUGCUCUCUAUGCAUUUUCUAUGAUAUUGACUUGAGAAUUUGUUAAACAAUCAAGAGCUUCUAAAGUUGGUGAUCAUCUCCUCUAUUCUUAUGACCUCUAUGUUUGAUUCAAGUGUGAUAUGGUAGGGAGAAAUUGGAUACUGAUCACCUCUUCGGUCACCUGAGGUUGAAGGAUUAAGUUCUUGAUAAUUUCCUUUUCAAGUGUCUUUGUCAAUUCAUCUGUAUUUCCAGGCCUUCUAUGGGAAUGCUUUCCAUUAUUUUGGCUCAGGUUCUCUGUUCUGUUUGUUAUUUUGCAGGUGAUGGUAACAGAGGAACUGGUGUACAACCAUCUCAGCCUCAUCCACGUGAAAAGUUCCUUGUUACAGAAAGUCCUUUCAAACAAAAUCUCAGGUAACUUCUGUUGCAAAGGUAGGGAAGUAUUACUGGCUGAAUCUCAAAUGAGAGAUUAGUACAAAGCUUUCAGAAAGUCCCUUAGAUGUCAACAGGAUAUUCAUUGUUUGUGAUAGUUAAAGGUUUACACGCACUUAGCAGCCCACCAGUUCUAGAGCUUGUCAUUGUUUUUGUUACCAUGAGAUGUCUGGGAGCAUUAUUACCCUCCCUCCCCUGGAAAGGAUAUUGGUUCCUCACAUUUCACCCUAUAGCAACUUACCAAGGUUUUCUUGUCAGGUUACCGCGACCAUUCUCCUUCCCCCCCCCCCCCCCUUCCUCCCCUAGGUUAACCUUUUAACUCCCAUGAGUGACUGAGACAGAAUUUUCUUUACAAUAUCAAUAAAAUAGCAACCAGAUAAUUGAUGAAUAUAAAGAUAAAUAUCAAUUUGGGGAUAAUUAAUUGAUCCAGCACUAAAUUCUCUGAACUAAUGUUAUAAGAAUUGUAUGUUUGACAGUAAGGGGAAUUACAAAUUUGAUCUGGGAUUUAAAGGUCUAGGAGGUGCAUAAUUAGGGAGAGCUAAGUGUUUUGCCUAUGAGCACAACACACCACAACACCUAAACCUGAAUAGGCUUCACCUGCUUCUCUUCAUGUGGAGUGCAGCAUAUUAUCCAUUAAGCCACCAAUUCAUCGACUAAUACUAAUACUGGAUGAAUUUUUUUUAAACAGAACAAUUCUAAAUAAUUCUCUGAAGAGGCCAAUUAGCAUCAUUGGAAAUGAAAUGCAUUAUAUCACAAGUACUAUUAUAGACAAGAAACUUUUGUUUGCAAUUUUGGUAAGUUAGAAUGUAUGUUGAAUUUAUUGGGUUUCUAUUAUGUUUGUAUUAUACCUUACACUGUAAACUGCAAUUGGUGGAUUCUGAAGGACUCCCUUCCCAUAGGAAAAAACAGCUUUUAUAAAGUGUUACUGAAUUUGUUACAGAUAUUUUAUUGCUUUUCCUUCUUCUUGCAGGUGUUAUCUUUGACCGUAAAUAUUUUAAGGACAAUUUUUCUUAAAAGUGAAUCAGGGCACUGGAGUGAAAUGAUUCUUUUACUGCAGGUAGGACAAACUUGAACAAACAUUUACAAGUCAGAUUUAAAAGUAUCUUGCCUAUGAACAAAACACAAAGACUUGGCUGGGUCCAAAUCUGCACCUUUGGUCAUAGAGUUCACACUAAAUACACAAGGCCACGUCUCCUACACGGAAUUAUUGGCCCAGAAUGAUUUUUUUUCUGGUACUUUAUAAUAUCAGUACCAGAAAAAAGAUCAAAGUUGCACCAUUUAAAGUUCAUAUCAUUUUUAAUUGAUAUUAAUAUCAAUUAAUGAUGUGAACUUUAAAUGGUGUAACUGUUUGAUAUGAUAUAACUGAUGCCACCAACUAAUUGCAAGAAAACACUCGCCUGAGAAAGUUAACUUGGGGUACCAGUGAUGUCUCUGUGAUCCUGUGUGCAUUUAGUUUCCCUCCACCCCUAAAAAACUUAAAAUAUCUAUAUUCAACAACCACUAAUAUUACUAUGGACUAUCAUAUGGCUUUUCAAGACAGUAUUUACUUUUAAAGUUGUCUUGAUUAUUCAUCUUGUACUUCUUGAGAGGGAACCUAAGUUAAAAGCUUUAAAUGGGUUUUUGUUAGGUUUCCUUGCCAUUAAAUGUUUUUUUUUUUUUUUUUUACCAAUUUCAGUAAAUUUUUGUAAUUCUUUAUGUAAUGGUAAAUAAAAUCAAUCAUUAACUUAAGCCUUCAUGUUUUGCUAAAUGAUAAUCAAACCUCAAAUCAACAACUUUUAAUGAGUAGUUAAAGAGAAGGGAGUGUUUAUUUUGUUGGAGGAAAAUUGAUUUUGGUUUAAUCUAGCUUGCAGCAAUUUUUAAGCUGAUCUGGUAAUGUCAAUCAUGUGUAUAUUUCCUGAUUUUUUUCUUUUUCAGGGUUACACCAUCUUGCCACUCCUGCCAAUUUCUUUUCCGGUUGUAUGGAUCUGUUUAAAUCUUUAUGGAACAGCACGAAUUCAAGUGUUAUUUACACAGUUAAAGGAGAAAGAAGAUGUAAGUAUUUCAAUCUGGUUGAAAAAGGAAAAAAAGUACACCAUCGGGGUAGAAUGUGGAAGAAUUCAUGGGUCCCCUUUUAGUAAAGCUGGAUAGUUCUCUCCUCUAUAGCAAAUGAUUCGUUUUGUAAAAAAGGGUGUUAACUUGUUCAGGGUGAGAACAACAGCUAACGUAUUCCUCACCAGACAAGGAUGCAUGCUCUUGUUAGAUAGUGAGAUAAUUUUUUGAUUUGGUUAUACAAAUGCAAUGCUCAGUUGGAACACAAGGUACAAUUUCUGUUUUAAGCUGUUUUAAGUAAGAUUGUAAAAUUCAAAGGAGAACAAUUUGAUUUUGGAAUUCAGUCUUAUGAUAAAAUGAGAAUUGUAUUUGGUUUCAAAGAGAUUAACUGCUGUGGCUAAAUUUGUCAUUUUAUUUGUAAGAAUCAGAUUUCCUGAAAGUAUGACUUCUGAUUUUUUUUAUAACUACAUUUUUAUUUGUUUUAUGGCAGCCAGCAAAUGAAAUAGCUCUAAAAGAAGUAUUGUGUUGUUUUUGGAAGAAUUUUUUGGGUGAUCCAUCCAGUUUGCCAAGGACUACUAGCCUUUUAGAAAUCCUUGGAAGUGUUACUGUGAGUAUGGUAGAUAUGUAUGGAGGUCAUAAUGUGGGGUCAAUUUGAUUUUAAUUGAUUGUUGUUAUUUUGGGCCAAGUUUUUGUCUUCAGAAUAUUUGUAAUGAAUGAUUUAACCCUUUCCAAAUAGAAGGAAAAGAAAUUGUGUAGAGGUUCGUCAUGAAAUUGCAUGAUUAGCAUGCUCAUAGUUUUUCAGAAGUGGCAUUUUUGAACAAAAUGUAAUGUUUUUUAUGGUUUUUGCUUUUUACAGUUUAUCUUACUACUUAAUAUGGAGAGAUAAGACGGUGAUGAAUUAGGAGCUUUAGAAAUUGAUGACUACUUAAGUGUAGAUUUCAGAUUGUCAUAAGAAUGGAAUAAGUAACUUGUAGGAGUUGAUGAGACAAAACCUAUAUUUGAUGGGAUGCUCUUGUUGAAAGUUGACUGGCUGUUAUUUCAAGCCCUGACACUCAAUUCCAGCUACCCAGUUGUGUAAUGAAUGACUUUGUUUUAGAAUGUUACUUAGACUUGAUGUCAUCUAGGCUCGUGAUCUAUCAGUUCAACAAAUGAUUUCAGUGCAACAUGUGCGGUGACUGUGAAAUUCUAUUCUGGUUUAUUGUUAAUUCCAGGUGUGGUGCUGUGUUGAUAAGGAAGGUAUACUGUCCUUACCCAAUCCCUGUGCUGAAAAAGUGUUCUUCUUGAAGAGUAAAAAGCACAAGACAAAAGAAGAGUCAGCUGGUCAGGCAAAGGAGAGAAAGGAGAGUGUUUGUACCUGGGAAAGUGAAAUAAGCAGAGUUUCAUCGAGCCAGGAUGGCCAAGAAUCCUCUGAUGAAGAAGAUGAUGAUGAUGUUUCUGCAUCUGUUGAGGAUUCUGAAUCUGUGGGUGAGGUUUAAUUCAGUUAUUUGUCAAAGAUAAGGCAGUACAUCUAGGUGAAGGAGGAACUAUUUUCAGGUGGAUGCAAACCCUGAGGAAAAAGGGCCUAGAUAUUUAAGUAGCCUAUACUUUUGGAAUUUUUUCUCUCUUUUUUUGGAUGUGAACAAGUGAUCACAACACCUGAAAAAUUUUAAGAACUUUGGCUUUGGUUCAGUUUCAGAAUCAGUGUGCAUGUAGAAGGGUCAAAUUAGAAUGAUACACAUAAUAUAAAUAAAUGUAUGAAAAGGUGUGCAAAUUAAUAUGUCGCAAAGCUUUUGAAACUCACUCAAUCUUAAUCUGAAUUUCAGAAAAAAAUUGGAACCACUGUUUGAGAGGACACAGGGAGGUUCUCAACUUGUCUUCUGAUCCAGAGGUAUGUUUGAGAUAGCACCAUGUGAAAUGUCUUGUAUGAUGAUAGUGAAGGUUGCAAUAGCUAGAUAAUGUACAAGGUUGUAUUUUUGAUUUACUUUUUUUGUAUUAAAAAAUAACUCUAUGUUAGUAUGUAGAGUGGUAUGUUGCUACAUCAAUCAGACCACUGCAUUAGGGUAACCUAUGUGUGAGUCUAUUUCAGAUAAAUUAAAAGAUUUAUUUUUUUACUUUCUCCUAAAGUUAUUUAUUAGUAAUAAAUUGUUUUGAAAGUUGUGCUCUUUUCUUUUUCAAAAAUGAAAACAUGUGAUAUAAAAUGAGUCCCUCCUAAACCCGCCCAGCCAAGAAAAUAACUCUUGCAUGCACACCAUGUAUACCUGUGUAUAUUUAUUAUCAAUAUUUUCUUGUAAACUACUUUAAAAUUAAUUGUGUUUCUUGUUCAUUCUUUUGUUUAGAGUCAGUUUGGACUGAGAUUUGAUGACAUUAGAUGGCAGAAUCAUAUCAACUCUCUCAAACCUUUGGUAUGACUAAGUUAUUAAGUUCUAACUUACACACAAUUAAUUUCUUACAAUUCAACAAAUUUAGCCUGGAUGUAACAUUUUCCAUGUAUCCGAAAAAUAUGUACCCCAAUGAGAUUAAAAUUUGCCAGUUAUCAGGUUUUUUUUAAAAUGAGGGAAAGUCGCAGGAAUUAAAAUUAUCACUGACAACUAACCUUUUAAACACUUAGAGUGACCAGCAUCUAAUUUCUCUUCCCAUUAAUACUGCUGAAUCAUACAUUAAGGUCCUGAAAAUAAAGAAAAUUAUCUCCAACCUGAGAAGCUUUGAUCAUUAAACCAAUUCUCCUUGUCAGUAAUAAGAGUAUGGAGAAGAUGGGUAUUGAUGUUAGGAUGAAAUUAGUUAAAAUGAAAGCCCAGCAUCCAGAUGUUUUUCUUGGAUUAAUAAGAUUCCUGUCCAUUAUAAACAUUGAUAUAAUUUGAUUUUUAGCUGUCCAGGUCAUAUCAGUAAUUUCAAUGUUUUCCCCUUUCAGGGUCUAAACAUUCUACUUAAUUCAUGCUGUAAAUCUCCUGUGAGAUGCUUACGGUUUGCUGACCAUACUGGUCUCUUGUCUCUUUCCUACAACUCAGUUCCUUUGCCUUUCUUUAGAAGGUAUUGUUAGUUUUUUUGUUUAUCCAGAAUGUAGAUUUGUUAAUUAGUUUUCAUGAUGUUCUAUAAGUCCCCAUCAUGAUUGCUAGAGCUUCCAUGCAAUGAUUUCAAAUUGUCAUGCAUAUCAGUAACAUGACAUCAUUGUAAUUUAUAAGAAAGGAAAUAUUUGAUGACUGUUAUUGUUUAACACCCACCUCUGGUAACAGAACUACAUGGAAAUACUCAUCUUUCAUGAUAUACAGAAAAUAAGAAAUUUAACCUCACAUAUUAAAAAUCAUCUUUACAUUAACAACAUCAUAUCUAGGUAUAUUCCUCAAUUUUAGCACUAAUGGCUUUCUAUGGACAAUUUUUGUAGAUGUCUGUGUCUCCUUGGUAAGGAAAUAGGCUUUAUGGAACGUGCACUUCAGCUCUUCAGCAAGCAAAAAUACAUUUUUGCUGUACAGUCUCCUAUUGUAAGUAAAACAAAACUUGGUGAUAUAGCUCAAGGCUGAGCUUUAGUUGAGGUAUCAAUGUUCAAGAAAGAUGUUUUUCAUCUUGUCACGAGGGUGGAACAAAGACAAAAUUCUGAGUCCCAAACCUCAGACCUAUGGAUUCCUUGCUCCAAUUCUCUACCACUGAGCCACAGAGACUCUGGUGAACAAAGCCCAUUAUUUCCCUCAGUAAUUAAAACAGUGAACCUAUUUUGCUUUUCUACAUUUUUUUUUUAAUUUAGUGCUGUAAAAGUUGCCAAAUUCUUUUUUGACCAACUGUGGUUUCUCUUCAGAGAAGGAUUUUAAGCUAGUAGCAUUUAAGGAGGGAAUUUUUGUGUUUAAUGACAUUGUUUUCUCUUACUUUUCAGAAUUCCACUUUAAGAGUACCCAUUCAUUCCCACUCAUUCUUAUCCAUUUCAAAAGAGAGGCCCAUUCCUACCAUGGUUUGCCUUAUCACGAAAGAGAAUAAUUCUGGUAUGUUACAGCAUCAGUUGUAAUAGAGUGCUUACAAUAUUAACUAAGAAAACAACUCAAGUUAAAAUUUUGAACUAGAAGACCAGAAGACUAUAGCUUCCUGCCUUGUGGGUCACAUGGGUCACACCACCCUUAUCCAGAUCCUGAUGAUAUGUAAGUGUUCUGUCACUUAAGUGUCUCAAUUCAUUCCUAAGGUUCUCUGCAGCUUCUUACCCAGGGAUCCGCUGACAUUGUUCUAGAUGCCUGCACUGAUUAUUGGGAUGGAUCAAGUCUUUGUCCAGUCACAGCAUUUGAGAGGUACAUUGAAGAUUGAAUGAUGAUAAGUGAUGAAGUAAUUGUUUUCCUAAGAUCAGUUAAUCAUAAUUACUGGAUAGGUAUGAGAUAAUGAUAUCACAGAUGUGUUUAUUUCUUGACCUCAGAAAGAAAGUACUUGACUUUUAUCAGAGGAACAGCAUGUCAGCAUACUGUGUUGCAUUUUCUUAUCGUCCAGUCACUGAGGUAGGGAGUCUUGAUAAAUUUCAACAGUUCACUUUUAUUUUAAUUAUGGUAAGAAAAUAAAAUUAAUUAAGAGGGAAGUGUUACAUGGAAAACAUCUUGAACAGAAAUUUCAAUACUGAAAAACAGUUUGACUAGAACUCUUUCUCAAUUUGUAUGUAUAUUUUAAUGAUCUUUAAUUUGCUCCAUAAAUGUGUUUAAAUAUUUGUUGAUGCAAAUUGGAAGUAAUUAAUGAUUGUGAGUUCAGACUAUAAUCAAAUGUACUAUCUUUCCUUGAAAGCAUGUAGUCCACUCCUUUCCAUAAUCAAUGUGAAUGUUACCUAGUAGCUCUUUGAAAGCUUCACUCAUUAAAUUUUCCUAACUUAUUCUAGCAGAUACCAGAUGAAAAGAGCGAAGAUGUAUAUUUAGAGCUUCCCUCUACAACUCAGUGGAUUUGUAAUGAGAGUGAUGAAAUGGAAAGGUUAGUUUGUUUGUUUGUUUAUUCACCAGACUGAUUGUUUUGUAAACAGUGACACACCAGAGUGGUAUUCAGUUUGUUUGUUUAUUCACCCAACGAUGAUUGUUUUGUAAAUAGUGACACACCAGAGUGGUAUUCUUGAAAAAUGGUUGUUUACAUUACAAUUAAAAGCAAGCUGAGAUUGUGAGAUGAAGUACUCCAAGUAUAGCAAGUAGGACAAAGAGUUCAUUUUUAUACACGAUUUAUCAUUAAAUUUCCUAUAAUUUCUUUUCAGUGCCUCUGAAAUUUCAGAGGUGGAAUCUGAAAACUCAGACAUGGAUAGUGCUUUCGUAAGUAGCCUUAACUCUGCUGUAUUUAUUUCAAACCUGUUAGCUAGCCAAAGAUAGCGAAGACUCUGCAGUCUGAAUCAAUUUACCAUACAUGUACCUGUACCAGAAUUGCUUUUCAUACUAGAUUAAAGCUCUUGUAAAUUUGGAAGGGUAGGGGCUAAUUUAAUUAGGCAGCCUCAAGUUUACAUGUGUGAGAGUUUAUUAGCUUGUGAUAUCAAAUGAAAAUGAAAAUUUGAAGGUAGUUUCAUGGAUGUCAUGUCGACUUUUUUUGUAAUUUUCCAAGCCUUCAGGAGAGGGAAAUUAUGAAACUUGUGACAAAAUACAUGUGAAAUUAUUUUCCUAAUCCAUGAGUGCAUCACUUGAACACUUAUUCAUGCAGUCUCCCAUGUGAUGUCAUGGAACACUUUUAAGAAUUUAAGAUGAAACCAUAUCAACAUUUUUAUCUUUCAAAAAUGCAGAAUGUAGCCAUUAUGCAAUCUGAAACAAAGCAUCUAUCACUAAGUGAUCUGUUGUUGAGUUGUAUGAACAAGGUGGAAUUGUCUGUUUUCAGAAGGCCUCUUUCAAUAAUAAUUACACUGAAAAAGAGAAUGGCACAAGGUGUUGUGAUCAUGGGUGUCUAGUAAAUAAGAAAUGGUUUAAAGGUCUCUGAAAAUACCUCUAUUUCUGUUUCUAAACUUUAGAACUGCAUUGAGCUCCUUGAAACUGAUGUGGAAGCAGCAUCUUUGUUGGAAAGAGUUAACAUUGCUGAAAAUGCAGAGAGCUAUCAAAGGUUGGUUUGACUAUUCUACACUUCUGUCAGUUUUUCAGCAGAUCAUCAUGUCAAUUAACUGUAGUGCUUACAUAAAAUUUGUUGAUUUGUAAACAGAAUACUUGGGGGACAAGUUUUCAUUGGAGUGGUGACAUUACAGUUUCAAGCCAAGAAGGUUUGCAAUGACAUUGUCAUUUUUGCUCAAAAGAUUACAAAGUGUAUGAAGUUGUUUUAAGCAAUUCUAGAUUUGGUUAUGGUGCAUAUCAUCUGCCUUCCACUCUUCUUACUAAAUUUAAACUUUUUUAUACUUUUUUUUUAGGAUAUUCUUCCCCUCAUUGAAGACCUAGACAAUGCUGGAAUCCGAUUCGUUUAUUUUUCAGCUGAAAAUGAAUUAAGAAGCAGGGUAUUAGUUUCAUUGAAACAUUUAUUUUCACAUGCAUUUGACAAAAAGUGCGUCACUGCCUUAGGGCUGAGAGUCUUUCUAUUCAUCUAGCAAAUCAGGUAGGUUAGAACAAUGAUGAGGAAUUGCAAAGAGCCAAGAGCACUUGCAUCCCUUUGUACCCUGGGUUUGAUUCUCAAACGUGACUGCUGAGAUAAAUUUGCUAUUGGUUCGUUUUCAUCUCUUAAGGUUUCUCUCCAUGUUUCUCCAUGCUGCUCAAACUUGAAGUGUUGCAUGGAGAGCCCUUAAAAUGAUGUGCAAGUGCUGAAUCCAAUUGAAUUUGAAUUUAAUUGACUGUAUAUUUCAUCUACUUGUGGGCAAGUUUCUUAAAAUCUGAGUGAUUUCUUCUAGGUAUUUGCAGAGAGGAUGGGCCUUGAAACUGGAUGGAACUGUCACAUCUCUCUCAGAGAGGGUGGCCAUCUCUUGGACGACCGCGGAAGCAGUGCAACAGUGUCAGACAGGAAUACAGAGAGUCUUUAUGACAUCCAGGAUGAUGCAAAUGUUUCUGGGCAGGAUGGUGAUGAGAAACAUGUCAGCUGGAAAAGGGUCCACACUGAAUCUGCUGAAAAAAGUAAUGGGACAAAAUGUGUUUUUGUAAGUUGGGGGGUGGAAGAUGGGUAAUGAUAAUUAUUCUGAAUAACAAUCAAUAAUAAUUCUUGUCACAAGGUCUGAAAUAUUGAAACAAAAUGUAGCUGUUAACUUUUGUGAUCUUUGCCAGCUACAUUAGUGAUGUUUGUUUUGUCAGUGUGUAGAUCUUAUUUGCUUCCUAGAAGAAAGUUUAUGUCAAGUCCGUCCUGGUUAUUGAGGUGCUACUGAUCGAUCAAGGAAUCAAUUUAAAAGCAUUGGUCAGGAUGAAGUUACCCUCUGUAUCCAAGCCAGAUCAAGGGUCUUGAAAAUAAUUGAGUGACAUAACUUAACAAUCAUGAGAGCAACUUUCCACCAUCCAAUUCAGUCAUGUGCCUCAGUCUGUAAUGUGGUCAAGGUCACCCUGAUCAUUACCAGAUGUUAUUUAUCCGUCUCUCUCUCUCCCUUUUUUGCCUUUCUGCCUUCCUUCCUUCCUGCCUUAAACAACCAUGUUUUCUAGGCCAGCUAAAGUGGGACAUGAAGAGACACCUUUGUUGUGUUAAGCAUGGGGUAAUUGGAGUUGAUUUUAUGUUCUUGCUUGUUCUUAUAGUCUCAAAUAAAGUUGAAGCCGUUGAAAUGGACCCUCUAUUAGAAAGUCAAAGUGAUGGUGGCACUCUACUGGGCAGCAGUCAGAUAUCAGCACCUGAGGAUUAUUGGUUUUUUUCUAACAGGGUAACACUUCAAACAGUGUAGAAUUUUUGUUUGUUUGUUUUUAAAUAGUAAUAAGAGUUUACAGAUCUUGAACUAUUGUGUCAGUACAGAAUUUAAAAUUAAAGAUCACAUUUGCAGUUUCAUUGUGGUACUGCAUAGUAUUACUGGUACUUAGAAGUUAUCCAUUUCAUUUUUGUUUUUUAGCUAAUUUUUUUUUUAUGUAAAAUUUGUAGUGAUAGCAGGCAAUAUUUGUCACUAAUUUGUUUCUCUUGGGAAAGAUCAAACAUUUAAAUUUGACCCCUUCUCCACUGACUGAAUCUUUAACUGUCCCUUCCCAUUACAUACUAGAUAAACAGUUUUGUUUAUCAAACUAACCAUAUCAUUGUAUUGUUUGAUUAAUUUAAUAGCAAAUUUCUCACUUCUCUCUUUUAAAACUUGCAGUUAUUUUAAUUUAUUUUUUGCUUCUCAAUAUCAGGCUAAACUUCCCAGAGGGAUCCAAAACAUCAGGCCUCAUCUGGAGAGUGUUGAUAAUGUUCCUCUUCUUGUUCCCCUCUUCACUGAUUGUACUCCAUCAGGUAAAGGCAGGCACUUUUUGACAGUGGUGAAAGAGCUUACUUCCACCUUGUUGGAGGAAACACUUAAAUUGUGGACCAAAUUUUGUGUUUUGUUUUGUUGUUGUGGUUUUAGCAAUCAAUUGCUUCUCAGCAUUUGUUGAAAUUUGAUUCUUCUAUUUAUUGACAGCUGUUAAGGAGAUGAUUGCGAUAAUGCAAGAUUAUGGAGAGGUGGUCUGUUGUGUAGGAAGUUCAUUUAAUUCUGCUAAUCCUGCCAUAUUUAUUCAGGCAGAUAUAGGGUAAGUUUUACGUCAUAAAAAUUCUUACAGUUGACUGAAUUAGCUUGUUCACCAAGUUUACUUUUUCUUGAGUAAAUGUAAUCAGACUGGAAAAGAAAGACCUUAAAUGGCAUUUCAUUUCAUUUUUUUAGCAUUGCAGUGGAACCCCUCUUUCCCCAACUGUGUUUGAAAGGUUUGCCAAAAGACUUCAGAUCAGGAACACCACAGCUUGGACAAGAAAAUGCCAGAGAAAAACUACAUAGAAGGUUCAGUGACGAACAAUCCAUUGAGGUUGAAAAUGGUGAGCAAAGUAGUUUGAAGGCAGCUAAUUCAAUCAUGACAAUGUGAGUCUGUUGUAAAUUGCUGAGUAAAAUCUCUGUCUGAAAUUUUACACUUUGGUCUAAUAAUCAUUUCUUUCAAAAUCAGCUGAUUUGGUACCAGUAGUUAUAUGUUUAUGUAAAAUUUGAAACUUCAUGUGAACACCAGCAUGUAUGCAGGAAUAUCUGGGGGGUUGGUGGUGGGGGAAGGAAGGGUUAGUCUUAAAACAGUAAUAAAACAGCUUUGGUAGUUUUAUGAAAUUGUCACUGACAGUGACUUUCUCCUGGACAACUUCAGAAAUCCCUCUUCUUCCCCUGUCCUGUGAUGGACUAUUUAAUAUGUUUAAAAUACCCUCUGAUAUUUAACAUUUUGGUUUGUUCCCCAGAGCUGUCCCCACUUGAACUGAGUGCUUUCCUAAAUGCCCUACCAUGUUCCUUGGCAUUCCACAGAGAUGCAAGUUUUAAAUUUUUGAAUUUGAUUAAAGAGGUGAGGUCUGGACUAUAAAAAUAAAGGGCUUGAAGUUUAACUCCCUUUUUUCUUUUCGUUUAGUUUUUUUUUUUUUUUUGACAAGCUAUGCACAAAAAACACCACAUUACUUACUGCUUUCCUUGCAAUUAUUUUGAUCUGAAAGAAACAAAAAGGAGCUUUCUUUUUUAGAGAAAUGAAAGCAAAGCAAUGAAUACCUUUCUACUCUUUUUUUCUCAGGCACGUCGUAUUUGCUUUGGACUCAAAAACUGUUUCUCCUUCAUGCUAUCAUGUCAGUUAGUUCUUUCUACCAUGAUGCUUCUGUCAUCAUGUGUUCUCCUUCCACCUCCCCUGACAGGGCUUCAUCUCCUAUGGUUGUCAUGCCUUAUAGUACCCCUGCUCAGUCUGUCAUUAAUUGGCUCCCCAUCUGAUCCAAAUCUUAUGACAAUGAUGACAGGCAAAAAUGACAAAAACUUCAAGGUAACUUUUAAUAAUAGUUGAUUUCCUUGUGUUUUAGUGUGUAGAGUUAGGUUGUGAUAUCUCAGAUAGUGAGGAGUUUUGUUGUCUUAAUUCUGCAUUGAAUGCAUUGCUUUUUCAGCUAACCAACAACAUUAAAUGUAAGGAUUGAAAAUUUUUCUGCUAGUGAAUUCUGCUCCCCCUCACCCCUGUGCAGUAUUGAUCAACAAUUUUUGAGACAAAAAUUGUGUUUUUCAGUAAAAUUUUAAGUCACUGUUUUUAUUUGUUCAAUUUUCCCUUAGCUAAAUAUUGAUAUUUUUUCCUUUGUAGGAAAUUACCCAUACAGUGUGUUUUUUCUUCAGUGUUUGUUUCUUUCCUUCGCUUUGUAUCUGCUGCCUUAUCCUGUUCCCUUUAAAUCUUCGUGGAAUUUGCUUCUCUCUGAACAAGAAAUCUUCUAACUGUCACUACCUGCUUGGAUUUAGGUAAAGUCACCAUGUUUACUCACUUUUGGCUGAUUCACACUCAAACCAGCUGUACAGUCAUGUAAAAUCCAUUGGUUUGCCUAGCAUGUUAAUCAGAUUGUUCCAAUUAUUUCAAUUUUUUUUUCUAGCAAUCAUGGAACGUUCUUCUUACCAAAAAAUUAUUAUGCAAAUGUCUGAAAAGGUAUAAUAAUUGAAGUAACAGGUGUUAAAGUACAAUUCAAAUUUCCACAGAGAGAGUUGAUAAUUUUUUUCCCGUUUGACCUUUUUUACUUCUUUUUUCCACUUGAAUAGGAACACUACAGAACUGUGGAAUGGCCUGGGAGAAAGUCAUAUUCAAGCAUUAGCCAUGGCUCAGGACAUCAAUGUAUUUUUUCUAGUUCUAAUUUUUGGUAGGUUUUCAGGAACAUAUAUAGACCAAGUAUAAGGUACAAAUCAGAUCAUGGGGAAGCACCUUCCAAAAUCUUACUGCAAUCAUAAUAACCUACAGUUGCCAUAUUUAAUUCUACUUUCUCAUAUAUUUUAUCAGUUGAAAACAUAGGGUGAAGCAUAGUUACCCUCGCGUGAAACUCAGAAAGUCAUGAACACCCAAUGUAAAGAGUGUUAUUUUAUUUCAAAGAAAAACUCAAACUAAACAGCAAAAGCAAUGCCAAAAAUUUUUUGUGGUUUUGAGGGUUUGUUCCCAUAUCUUGAACUUUAUUGUGACUGGUUCGUGAAAAAUUGAUCUGCCAAAAUCAAAGAAGAGGUAUCCUCAGUUUUCAGAGUUUCACUGUUAAUAAUAUUUGACAAUAAUUUUUUUCCUAAAAGAUAUGUACAUGUAAUUCUCCCUGAUUUAGCAAUUCAAUAGCUAAAGAAUAGUUUGAAAGGCAUCAUCAAAAUAGUUUGCCAACUAAAGCUCUCAUGGAACAUCACUCUUGGCUGUUGGAAUGCAUUCUAACUCAAGUGAAUUGAAUUUAGAACUUCACCAUGCAAGAUUUGUACUUGGAAGGUGGCAUGAGAUUAAAACUUUCUGUUUACGGCAAAAAUUCAGCUUGCUUUCCCACACAAAGUAACAAGCCUAGAUUGUCAAUUGUAAGGUCUUACCUCUGUUAGUCUUUUGUACUUUGACAAUAUUAUUGGUAUGUCUCCAUUUUAGUGUUCAUGUCUUCAAGUUACGUACAUCGUCUUCAUUUGCUGUGGAGGAAAUCUCCAUUUAUGAAUAGGUCAUGGAUUAUUUCCGCUGUGGUUAUGUACGUCCUUCAAGUUUUUGUAUUAGUUUUAUCAAAUAUUUGUGCUGUCUUAGAGUACUGUGUGAACAAUAACCAAUGAGGCAUUCAUCACAAUGAACAAAAUCUGAUCUUAUUGUUAUAACUUACACAAAUUGACUAUUUGUGAUAAAAACUACCCAUUAUGACAUGGUGGGAGAUCAGUCAAAAAGGGGGGGAUUGGAUGUGAAGCCUAUUCUUGAGUAGAAAAUUGGUAAAAAACACUUCCCUAUUAGGCAGAAAGUUUGUCAUUUAAAGUCAGGGUUUCUUAAGUGUGCAUGCCAGUCUCAAACACAAUAUUUUUGACAAGAAACUCUGAAUGGAGUAUUCCACAAACUGUAUGGUUUUUUUUUUCAGCCAUUCAAAAGUAUUUGUAACAAUUGACCACAGAAAAUCUAACCUUUCAAAAAUUGUCUUCAAAUGGGCAAAAAAUUGACCUUUGUAACAUAGCCACAGGUGCAGUGGCAAUCUUCAUAAGCAAUUCACUCACAUGUACUGCUCUGGUUGUUGCAAAAAACAACAACAACAACAACAAACAAACAAAAAAAGAGAUUCUAAGGAAUGGAAUAAAAAGUAGUAUGACUUACCAAUAAUUAUACCUUCAGAAAGUGGCCUGGUUGGUAAGGAAGAUUUAAAAUGGCAGCAUCUUUGGUCUAAUUUUUAGCAAAUUUGAAGACAAGUUUCAACGGUUCAGUUAAUCUUUGGGAUCUCAAAAAAAAAUUUUAAUUGGGCAGAUAAAAAGUACAUAGUUUCAGAGGGAUACUUCACCUUUGAAUGAAUCUCAGGCUUGUGUUUUUUGACCAACAGUUUAAUACUCCAGGUAAUUUACUUUACAUUGUCCCAAGUUGGAUGGAGUCGACAUGCCCCCUUGGUGUUUCACCUGACUGAUGUUCCGGUGCCAUCAAUGAUCAUCAUCUUUCUUUGGCCAAUUGUAGCUCUAGCAAUUUGUGAGCUAUUCAAGAGGCGAUACAUUAAGUAAGACCUUUUUCUAUGUCUUCAUGGCAGCAUCCAAAUUAAUUUUUGUGCAGUUUUAAAAAAUAUUGUUUGUUGGGAUGAGGGACUUUUGUUUGUGUGUCUCAAAGUGUUCUGAUACAAAAACAGUUUUUUUCUAAUAUUGCCUGAUAAUGACAAGAAAUAAGCACUCAAUACAUCUCUAUUCUUAACUCUACUUAACCAAGAUGAAGAAACACACCUUUUUUUUAUUGUGAAUUCUUUUAUUCACUGACAUCUGCUAACAUGACUAUCCAGUACAAUUAUUGAUCAAGUGUGACAUCAAGAUGGCUGGAUAUUUUUUUACUUUUUAUGGACUGUGGCGAAGUUGAGUCAUCAUAAUGCAAAAGUAUAACAAGGCUAAUAUCCAGCUAUCUUGAUUGAACAAGCUUGGUCAGUAAAGGAUUUAUAUAUAGCCUAUGGGCACUACCAACUUUAUGUUAACCCUGUAACUCCCAAGAUCUCAUUACUAAUUCUCCUUACUGUCUGCCAUACAGUUCUUGUGAUGUUAGUUUAAAGAAUUUGGUAUUGGAUCUACUUAUAAUCCCCUUAUUGAUAUUUUCUUUAUUCUCAUCACUUGUCUGCUUGAUAUUGUAUUGAUAUUGUAAGGAGAAAUUCUGUCUUGGUCACUCAUGGGAGUUAAAGGGUUAAUAACAUGUGAUGGUUAGAAUUUAGAAUUAACUCUAGCAUCUCCAGUCCAGUCUUUCUGUGAGGAUGCUACAGUCACUAGGAUGGUGGUGCUUUACCCUUUUUUAGAUAUUUUGAAUCUGAUUUCAUAUGCCAUAUUUUUCUCUUUUUGUCUUUGCAGGGAAAGUGUCCGGUUUCAGAGGAGAGCCAAGUUAAAGUUUGGUACAAAGUUAGGAAUGAAUUCACCAUUCUGAUUUACUGUUUUUGCUAACUCUGACUAGAAGGGAAUUCAGAAAAUUUAAGAGGGGUGCCAAAAAAUUUGGGUGAGAGUACAACCUCACUCCUUUCUUAAAAUACAUGACCUUCCCUCUGGAAAGAUAGUGAUGCAGGUUGCAAGUAUGAAUAAACAAGUUAAAAAUAAAAAUGCAAGAAAAAAUGGGCAAGCUAAAUCCACUCACUAGCAUUCCUUUAUGUCUACUCAGCAAAGCUGUUGUAAGACUCCCAGCAAAAAUCAUAAAAAGCUGAUAAAUAACCUCUGUGGAAUGCAGCAUAAAAACUCCAAAUUUACCUCUCAAACAAUGGAAUGAUGGUUUUACCUUCUUCUUGCCAGUGAUUUUUCUUCUAUUUUAGAAGAUCACUUACCUCCACCAUGAUGUCAUCUAAAACAAUAUUUCAAUUUAUGUUCAACCCUCUCAAAACCAUGAAACAGUAACAGAAAUAUUGUGAAUUUUGUACA